AUGGCGCAUUUCUUUUUAAUCAGUUUAAUAGUUUUAUUAACUGAUGAUAAUGCUAUUGAAACAGCAUUAGUCAAAUAUGACUUUAUCAUCAGAUCGAUUCCUGGUAUCCCGGAUGGAUAUCCAAAAGUGGUUAUUUCAAUGCACAAUGCUGACAGUUCAUGGGAUAUCAAUCGACCAUUUCCUGGUCCUCUCAUUCGUGCCACACUUGGUGAUACUCUUGAAAUUCGAAUAAAAAAUUUAAUGAAAGAACAAUCAACAACAAUUCAUUUUCACGGUCUUCAUAUGUUUGAAAAUCCGUGGAUGGACGGCACAGAAAUGAUAACACAAUGUCCUGUCCAUCCCCAUGAAACAUUUACACACAUAUUUAAUGUGACACAAGCCGGCACAUUCUGGUAUCAUUCGCACAAUGGUCAACAAUAUUCGGAUGGUUUAAUUGGACCAAUAAUUAUUGAUCGUGAUUCUAUUGAACAGCGAUAUUCUUACGGAUCAAACGAUCACGUGAUUAUACUUCAAGAAUGGUAUCAUGAGUCAUGGGCAGAUAUAAUGACAGCUUAUCAAGGACCCUACGCCGCAUAUAACGGUUGUACUCCAAUAUACCCGUGGCCACCAACAGCUUUGCUUCUCAACGGGCACGGACGUUUUGAUUGUCGCACAACUGAUUGUAAUGAACGCUUGAUGUGGAUGAAUGAAUGUAAUGAAUAUGAACGUGUUCAAUGUAUUCCAUUACGAUCGCCCUUUUUCGGCACGUGUGAUCCAAAUGCUCAUAUUUCCGAUGAAUUUCUCUGUAAUGGUACUCAGAUGAGAAUUCGUCUGAUUAAUGCUGCCAGCGGUAUUCCGUUUCGAUUUUGGAUCGAUCAGCAUAAUAUCACAAUUGUGGCGAGAGAUAGUCUCGAGAUUUUACCAAUUACCGUGCAAUAUGUUACAAUAGCAAUUGGACAACGUUUGGAUCUAAUUGUGCAAUGUAACCAAGAUCCCACAUUUAAAUAUGAAAUAUUUUCCACCAUGCCACCCAAUUUCAUUGCAGGCCCAACACCACCCAUUUGGGUUAGUGCAUUGUUCGUUUAUCCACAGUCAAACGAAACAAAAAUACCAACAAUGAGUCCUAAUAAUUCAUUACAUUUAAUUUCUGACGAUGUUCUGUUUGAAUUUAAACAUUUGAAACCUAUCGCACCUAAACAAUCUGAAAGAGCGAUAAAACGUGUGAAACUAUUUUUUUCCGUUAUUUGGAGUAGCAUGGCUGGUAAUGCUUUAGAAGAAUGGCAAGUAAAUGGAAUUACUUUUGAGAAACCCAAAGAACCAUUAUUACAAGCAAAUUUUCUCGAUGGUUCAGAUAAACUGGCUCUCACCGAUUCUCGUCCAGGACGGUUGAACAACGUUCAUAAGACGUACAUUGAAUACUUUGAAUAUGGACAAGUUUAUGAGAUAUUAAUGAUCAAUGAUGACCCCCAACAACAUCCGUGGCAUUUGCACGGGUACAUACUUGAUUUUAUUGCAGCGGGAACAUUAGAAAAUUUAACGAAUCGCUGUAAUAAGUCAUCCGUAUUUGAUAUGAAAAAAUAUGACUUUGAUUCAGUCUUACCAUUACUAAAUGAUACACCGACUGUAUUAACAAGCGGCGACUCGUUUACUGUGCCAAAAAAAGGCUACGUAGCAUUUCGUUUCAAAGCUGAUAAUCCGGGCCCAUGGUUUUUUCAUUGUCACAUGGACUGGCACAUGUCACCAGGUUUAGCACUCGUCUUUUCAGUAGGAAUUAAUGGAACAUACAAAGAUCUUUUACAACCCCCUCCAAAAGAUUUCUAUGCAUGCGGUUCGAGACAAUUGUGGCCAUCGCCAAAAUCUUCUGCUGUAGUUCAUUGUCAAUCAAUCAUUAAGGCUGUUAUAUUCCUUAUAAUCUUCAAAACUGUGAAUAUGGCAGUAUAA